GUUUUGCUCACAGUGCCUGCACAGUUCAUAGCUGGUCGGACGGGGGCUGGGCUUCUCAUCCUCAAUGGCUUCACGUUUUACAUGAAGAAUCAUCAAGCGCACGGCAAGAAACAGUGGUACUGCUCAUCCAGAGACGUCCACGGCUGCAGAGCUGACGUCAUAACCUAUAAAGAGAUAUACUAUCUCCCCUCGCACCGGACCGGUAGCAUGGUGCUCAUUUUCAAAGAGAACAAGUACUGGAUAAAUAACCGUUACCAGAACACGAUAAACUGGACCUGCAGAGACAGGAAGCGGCUAGGGUGUAACAGCUGCGUCCAGACCACGGUCGAAGGCCGCUACAUCAAACACAAGGGCUUCCAUAAUCACGAAGAUAACUACACCAAGUAUAACUUCAACGACUGAUGCGAUGCUUCGUCGUCGCAAAUGCCAAUUAACACGUCGGUAGAAACUGUAGCUACUGGAAACAUUUUAGCAGAGGAAUCCUUUGCAUAAUGAAACUGCUAAUGACAAAACUGUGACGUCUUCAUUUUUUCAUACUACCCUCUUCUCUAAGGCGUUUUGCAGAAUAUACGUUUGCUGUACGUUCCCAUAUUUCUAGACUGUUUGUACCGUAUAUUUUUGAGAAUUUCAUAAAAGUAGUAUAAAGCCUUUAGUAAAUGUGUGUUAUAGAUAUUAAUGGAAGCAAUAAAUAACUAGGUGUCGUUCUCCAGAUUGAAUUGAUAGGUUUUAACUGUGUUGUUUGAAAUGUAUAUUGUAUCGUUCUUGCCAUAUUACCAAGGCUUACAAUUAUUGAGUUUGUAGUAUAGAAAUACGCAUAAUACGCUCUCGUGAGUCCUAUCCUAAGGUGUAGUAUUUAUUUGAAUAAUGGGCAAUAAUUUGUAUGAAGGUAAAAGACAGUUCUUAAUCUCUCACGCGUCCUACUAA